UGGGAUAUUUUUAAACUAUUUGCAUUUUUAAAAAUUCACAGUAUAUAUAUAUCUUUCUUCUUCCCAAGUCCCAAAGUAGGACUGAACUCUCUCUCUAUUACACGAACUCCAUGGGUUUCCACAUCCCUUCUACUUCUCCCGCCAGAAAAUGGCUGGGCUUCGUCGCCGCCGUCUGGGUCCAAGCCAUCUCCGGCAACAAUUACACUUUCUCUAACUACUCCGACGCCCUUAAAUCCCUCAUGUCCCUCACACAGCUCCAGCUUAACAACCUCUCCGUCGCUAAAGACGUCGGAAAAGCCUUCGGCAUCUUCGCCGGCUUAUCCUCCGACCGAUUACCUACUCCCGCCAUUCUCCUCAUUGGCUCAAUAGAAGGCUUCAUUGGCUAUGGAGUUCAGUGGCUCGUUGUUAGUGGUCGAAUUCAACCACUCCCUUACUGGGUCAUGUGUAUUUUCUUGUGUAUGGGUGGGAACAGUACAACUUGGAUGAAUACUGCCAUUUUAGUUACUUGUAUUCGUAAUUUUAGGAAAAAUAGAGGCCCUGUUUCGGGAAUUUUAAAAGGGUACGUUGGUUUGAGUACAGCUAUAUUUACUGACAUUUGCUCUGCUCUAUUUGCAAGUGAUCCUUCAACUUUCUUACUUUUGCUUGCUGUAGUCCCUUUUAUUGUUUGUUUCACGGCGAUUGUAUUUCUCCGUGAAAUUCCACCUUCCUCUACCUCUGCUGAAGAGGAAGAAGAAGUUAAAUAUUUCGGCAUCAUUAAUGUUGUCGCAGUUUUUAUCGCUGUUUACUUGUUAGCAUUCGACAUUUCAGGCCCUCAUGGCACUGUGUUUUCGCAAUUAUUUGCUGCUAUACUUCUAAUCUUAUUGGCGUCGCCUUUGUUCAUUCCCCUGUAUCUAAUGGCGAAGAAGUUUAUUCGUUCCGAUUCGGUGAAUCUGGAUUUUGAAGGUAACAAUAUUGCAAGUGAGCCACUUUUGGCCGAACAAAUUGUGGAGAAAAAGGAUGUUGGGGUUGUGGUGAAGAAGGAAAUGGCGACGGUGCCGGUGAUUGGAGAAGACCACACAAUAUUUGAGGCGAUGAAAACAGUUGAUUUUUGGAUAUUGUUUGCGUCGUUCCUUUGUGGAGUUGGGACUGGUUUAGCAGUGAUGAAUAACUUGGGACAAAUGGGGUUGGCUAUGGGUUAUGUGGAUGUGUCCAUUUUCGUGUCACUCACCAGCAUUUGGGGAUUUUUUGGGCGCAUUCUUUCCGGAUCUGUCUCUGAAUACUUCAUCAAGAAAGCUGCAAUACCAAGGCCUGUAUGGAAUGCAGCUUCACAAAUUCUAAUGGCUGUUGGAUACAUCCUAAUGGCCAUGGCUAUGCCAGGAUCACUGUACAUUGGUUCUAUUGUCGUAGGAAUUUGCUAUGGAGUUCGUCUUGCUGUCACUGUUCCAACUGCCUCUGAACUCUUUGGUCUCAAGUACUAUGGUCUCAUCUACAAUGUCCUUAUCCUCAACCUUCCCCUCGGCUCAUUUCUCUUCUCUGGUUUGCUUGCUGGUUUACUUUAUGAUGCUCAGGCAACAAAGAUAGCGAGCGGUGGCAACACGUGUAUAGGUGCUCAUUGUUACAGGCUUGUGUUCAUAGUUAUGGCUGUAGCAUGUAUCGUUGGAUUUGGUCUAGAUGUCUUGUUAUCGAUCAGAACCAGGAGCUUAUAUUCAAAGAUUUACGCGAGCAGGAAAUCAAAGAAGACUGCUGUUUUAUCUUAAUUGGUCUGGAUUCUUUGCAGUGCGAGGUCAAGUGAGAGGAUUGAUAGGGAAAUGUAUCCUGGUGAUAUGAUAUUCUGUCGCUUGUGCAAAUUGGCAAAGUCACUGUGUUUGAUUAGCUUGAAUUUGUUGUAUGCCUGCCUGUAUGAGUUAAUCUCGUUUUGUGUGCUCGUAGAGAUGUAAAACUGUAUUAAACACUUUUUCUUGCCACGUUUAAAUGGAAGACGUUGUUAUUUCCACGAGUAAA